CAUAAGUUUAAAUUGUUUUGUGUCAACGCUCUAUUGUCAUUCAUUCAUGAUUAAAUCAUUCCUUUUUUUUCAGGUAUGUUCAAUGUGAUUUUGUUUAUUUUGCUGUUGCUGAUUCUCUUAUUUCCCAGAGUGAGAAGAUUCGUCUACCGGAGGAAGGGCCACUUGAGGGUUGCAUUUCUACACCCCUACUGCAAUGCGGGGGGAGGGGGAGAGAGGGUUUUAUGGGUGUGGGUCAGAUAUAUCCAGGAGAGGAUGGCCAGUGGCUCUUCCGACGGUCAUGGUCAGAAGUGGUCCAUAGUCGUGUACACAGGGGAUGAGUUGCCAGAUACAGAAAAGGAGUUGGCGCGCAAUGUGAAAAACAGAUUCAAUUUGGACAUCGAUGCAAGUCGCUUUUCGAUUGUGUCUUUACGAAGCAGAUGGCUAGUUGAGGCUUCUACGUGGCCGCGAUUCACCCUCUUAGGUCAAAGCUUGGGCUCUGUUUUGAUGGCUGGGGAAGCUUUGUUCAAACACUCCCCUGACUUAUUGAUAGACUCAAUGGGCUAUUCAUUCGCAGUGGCCACUUUCAAGUUAUUGGUCGGGUGUAGAACAUGCAGUUAUGUCCAUUACCCGACCAUAAGUGUGGACAUGAUCCAACUCGUCCAUAGCGGCAAAAGUGCCCAUAAUAACGCGCAAGUCAUCAAUUCAUAUCCGAUUUUGAAGAGAGCUAAACUGAUUUAUUACAAGUUGUUCGCGAAGUUAUAUGGAAUCAUGGGGCGUAGAUCAGACAUAGUGUUCACUAAUUCGUCAUGGACAAAUAAUCAUAUCAAGGAGCUGUGGAAUAUUCCUGACCGGACUUUCGUGGUGUAUCCGCCUUGCGAUUUGAACAAUUUCUUCUCUCUCAAGCUAGAAAGAGCAGUGCCGCCUUACUACAUAGUGUCUGUUGCCCAGUUCAGACCGGAGAAAGAUCAUGCUCUGCAGAUUAGAGCUCUGAAAGUUCUGCUGGAGAAGUUGUCGGCUACUCACCCACACUUUCCGCUAGAUGAGAUCCAAUUAGACAUUGUGGGAUCUGUGAGACACGAAGCGGACGAGCGACUGUUGGAGGGACUGAGACAUCUGGCGAGGGAGUUGCAAGUGGAAACACACGUGCAGUUCUCGAAGAAUGUGUCAUUUAGUGAACUGUUAGACAGACUGCAGAGGAGUGUGGUUGGUCUGCACACCAUGUGGAACGAGCACUUCGGAAUAGGCGUGGUUGAAAUGAUGGCAAGUGGUUGCAUAGUCAUCGCCCACAACAGCGGAGGUCCAAAACUAGACAUUGUGACCCCUGAGCCUCCUUUCACGACCGGAUUUCUAGCUGACUCGCCUGAAACUUACGCAGAAGCAAUGCUCACAUGUUUGACUAUGAGUGAAGAGCAGAGACAGGAGAUAGGAGUGAGAGCGAGGAGCUCCAUCGCUAGGUUCUCCGAGAGUGCCUUCGAGAACUCUAUUUUGGACAGCUGUGAACAACUGAGGUUAUUCAAGAGCUAGCGAAGCGCAACGUAAUUUGUCGUUUGGGACUGAUUCGUGUAUCAAAGAAUUUGUGUAUAUUUUUAUAUGUCAAUUAUCGUUUCUUGAUCUUUUUGUUAGUUCAUUAGUAUUAAUUUAUUGGUUGAAGCUGAUGUGCAUAUUAUUUUGUAUUCAGACACUGCAACGUA